AUGCGUGAAGUGAGUAGCGAUUCCUUGUGUGGGGACAUCCUCUCAGUCGGCAUCUCUGGCGUGCGGAGCACCAAGCUGAUGUGCGCCAAUUCCCGUUUUCAGGUUCUGUCUCUCCACGUCGGCCAAGCUGGUGUUCAGCUCGGUAACGCAAACUGGGAGGUGAGUCACAGGCAAUGCACUUCCCGAACAAUCUUCAACCCAAGCGUUGCUGAUCAACGCGUCUGCCUACCAAUCACCAGCUCUACCUCAACGAGCACGGUCUUACCCCCGAUGGUCGCGUCACCGAGGGCUCUCCUUCCGAGAACGAUGAUGGCUUCUCCACCUUCUUCAGCGAGACUGGAAGCGGCAAGGUGAGUGCAAGCUUUUGCUGACGAUGACAGACCGCACCGGCCAUUCUGAUCGAAACGACGACGCCCUCACUUUGCAGUACGUUCCUCGCUCCAUCUACGUGGACUUGGAGCCCAACGUCAUCGACGAGGUCCGCAACGGUACCUACCGCAACCUGUUCCACCCAGAGACCCUCGUCACUGGUAAGGAAGAUGCCGCCAACAACUACGCUCGUGGUCACUACACCGUCGGAAAAGAGCUCAUCGAUCAGACUCUUGACCGCGUGCGCAAGCUCGCCGAUGCUUGCUCUGGUCUGCAGGGCUUCUUCGUCUUCCACUCCUUCGGUGGUGGAACAGGUUCCGGUUUCGGAUCUCUGCUCCUCGAGCGUCUCGCUCAGGACUACGGCAAGAAGGCCAAGCUGGAGUUCAGCAUCUACCCUGCUCCCAUGAUGAGCAGCUCCGUUGUUGAGCCUUACAACUCUGUCCUGACCACCCACACCACCCUUGAGAACAGUGACUGCUCGUUCAUGGUCGACAACGAGGCCAUCUACGACAUUUGCAAGCGUAACCUCGGUAUUCAAGCCCCCGGAUACUCGAACCUCAACAGGCUCAUUGCCCAGGUGGUCAGCAGCAUCACGGCCUCCCUUCGUUUCGAUGGAUCCCUCAACGUCGACCUGAACGAGUUCCAAACCAACUUGGUGCCUUACCCUCGUAUCCACUUCCCUCUGGCUACCUACGCUCCCAUCAUCAGCGCUGAGAAGGCUUUCCACGAGCAGAACAGUGUUUCUGAGAUGACCUUCAGCUCUUUCGAGAAGGGCAACCAGAUGGUCAAGUGCGACCCUCGUGACGGCAAGUUCAUGGCCUGCUGCCUGCUCUACCGUGGUGACGUCGUUCCCAAGGAUGUCAACACGGCCGUCGCAGCCAUCAAGACCAAGCGCACCAUUCAGUUCGUCGACUGGUGCCCCACCGGAUUCAAGAUCGGCAUCUGCAACGAGCCACCUUCUCUCGUUCCCGGAGGUGACUUGGCCAAGGUCAGCCGCAGUCUGUGCAUGCUUGCCAACACCACCGCCAUCGCUGCUGCUUGGAGCCGUCUGGACCGCAAGUUCGACUUGCUUUACAGCAAGCGCGCCUUCGUGCACUGGUACGUCGGUGAGGGUAUGGAGGAAGGUGAAUUCUCCGAGGCCCGCGAGGACCUUGCUGCCCUCGAGAAGGACUACGAGGAGGUCGGCAUGGACACUGCUGGCGAGGCCGACGAGCUUGAGGCUGAGGAGUACUAG